AUGAUUGGAAAGUCAAGCGUCUUCGCCGCGCGAAUAUCUUUCUCCAUCGGUAAGUCUACUAAUUUUUAUAAUUCUUUUUGUAAUGCUUGAAACUCAAGUCUUCUACUCAAGUCUUGAGCACAGUUUUAUGUACAUAAUACUUCUACGUUUCAGACUGCCGACUCCCUCGCUCUCCGAACAUCAAAUUCACCGAUCUCGAGUCAGCGACAUUCCGCAGCGUCCGAGUGUUUGAGUGUUUCAACGGACUUGACUGGUACUCGUUUCCAUCAACGUGUGAAGCCGGCGGAGUCUGGUCGGCGUUUCCGGAGGCUUGCGAAACAAAUAGUGAGUUAUUUGUUUGUCGGUUCACUCUGUUUGAUAAUUUGUUCAUUGGGAAGUGAGCGCUACAGUGGCGGACCUGAUCCAUUGGCCAAAGACGUACCAUUUUGCAUCUGGGAAGUAUCAAAAAUGAAGCAAAAUACCUCCCUCUCCAAGUGAAAAAAACUCCGAUUUCAAAGGCGCGCCCACUUUUUUUGUGAGGGAAAGGGCGCGCAGUUCAAAACGUAGUUUUUUUUAGUUGGAGAGGGAGGCAUUUUGCCACAUUUUUGAUACUUCCCGGAAACAAAAUGAUAUAUUUUUUUGCCACUGGAUCAGGUCCGUCACUGUAACUUUAACUGAUCGAUAUUGCCCUAUAUAUGACCCAUCUGAGCGGUAAAAUUGAAAGUUAAAAAAUUGAGGUUAAAGAUCUUAUGUUGUGCUUUUACCUAAUGUAGACGUUUGAUCGGUAUUUUUGACCAAGUUAAACCGGCCAGAUUGGCCAUAAUUCGAAGUUAAAAGUCAUACAUUUUCUUUUUAUCCAAUGUAGACGUUUUUAUUGGUAUUUUUGGUCAAGUUAACCGGUCAGAUUGGCCAUAAUUCGGGGUCAAAAAGCUCAAAAAUAUUUUUUGUCCAAAAAAGGCCUCUGAUCCGCCAGCCCCGUCCACUUGACUGGUCGAAAUUGAUCAGAUUGCUCAAGCUGACCAUUGAAUAAUCAUCCAUCUUAUUUUUAGAGCAAGACCCUUGUGUUGUGGAGAUCAUCAAAAACGGACGUAUAACAAACUUAAACCGCUCGGCAGGUUAUAUGGAAUACGAAUGUGGCGUUGGAUACAAGCCACCAACUGGCCUGCAUCCGACGGUACCAACUGCGAACGCAACUUGUUCGGCUAGCAAAUGGAGUCCAAACGUGGAAUGCAGCCGUAGGUUCGCUUUUCUAUUGCCCAGGGCACUUUCUAUAUUCAUUGAAAAUCGGGGCCUGAAGUAG